CCACUAGGACUAUGGAAUCGCUGCAGAAGUUCGCCUUCGACUCCAACUUGGCGUCUCUGGACACCGCAAAGCACAAGUGGCUGGUGCAGAAGGUGGUGGGCCUUCAGGCGAUGGCCAAGGGAAUGCUGCUCCGGCGCUCGCUUUCCGACGUGCUGCGCCGGCGACACGCGGCCGCCUCACGAAUCCAGGCCUGGUGGCGCCGCACGCAGUCCAGACGCAUGGACACUACGGGUGACGCGUUCUUCAGCAAGUACGAGUCCAUGCUGGACGCGCCCAUCUACCGCGUCUACCAGUCCGAGGAGAGCGAGGUCACGUGGUCCGCCGACGAAACAGACAUGCUCAUCGAACACAGCGACGACUCCGGAGCCGAGAGUGAGAUGACGCUGCACCCGUCACCGGAGCAACGGACCGAUCAGGAGAGUCGCAUCAUGUUCGGCGACCUGAUGGGCGUCACCGGCCACAGCUCGCCAAUCAAGUUCGCCGACCUCAUGGAGACCAUGAAGGAACCUCAAGGUUUCGUGAAGAUCGCCGAGGGCACCCACUGCGACUUGUUCCGCGUCCACUCGCGAGAGGGCAUCAGCGUACUCAAGGUGGUCAACCUCGAGUUCAUCGUCAAGUACUGGGACACCCUGUACGCGGAAGCGGUCAUCAGCUCGGAACUGGCCAAGUUACGGAAGUCGGGCGACUACCACACGACUGGUUUCUCCGACACGAAAAGGAUAUGCUGCGUUCUGGAUCGCUAUCCCCGAGAGUUGAUCCAAGCAUGGAAGGACUACACAUCGUGGAAGCGGACUGACCAUCAACAUGGACCCGAUACCCUGGACACUGCGCAACCAUACCUGGUCUUCCGUUUCGCCUACGCUGGCGUUCCUCUGACUCAGGCUAAGCUGGACAACGCGUUGCAGCUUCGCAGCAUCCUCCAGCAGGUGGCGCUCUCGCUGGCCGUGGCCGAGGGGGCGCUGCAGUUCGAACACCGCGACUUGGGCCUCAAUCACGUGCUCGUGGACGAGACGAGCUUUCAGCUGUACCAGUUCUGUAUGGGCGGCAAGAGCGUGUUCAUCAACAGCUGGGGCGUGCGAGCCACCAUCAUCGACUUCGCGGCAGCGCGCAUCAGAAACGCCAGCACCGGUCACAUCGUGUUUUCAAACCUGAAUCCUGCCCACCCCUGUGAAUCGAGGCAUUCGAAUGUGUACUCCAUCUACAAAGAGAUUGGAACCAUCACGAAGGGCAACUGGGCCGGCUACUACCCGAGAACAAACGUGGCCUGCCUGGCGCACCUCACGAACCAGCUGUACCAGGCGUACCAGGGCAAGUUCGCUCGGCUUAGCGAUCGCAAGGAGGCGGAGGCAUGGAACGAGAUCCAUACGUGGAGGCUGACACUGCCAGAGUACCGAUCGGUGUCCGACUUCGUCGCUGCAAAGUUUUGAAAAUCGAGGAGCUCGCUGGGCUUGUUCUUUAUUUUAUUUUUUUUUAUGUGAAGCGUGUUUUCCUUCCGUCUAUUUUCUUCUUUCAUUUCCCAA